AUGGAACAAAAAGAAGGUUAUAGGGAAGAAAACAAUUAUCAAAAUGGUUUAACUAAUUUUGAUCUAUCUGGAUUUUUACAAAUACAAAAUUCAAUGUUUAAUAAUGGUCAACCAAUUCUUAUGGGUAGUAGUAGAAAUGAUAAUUUAAAUGGUUAUAAUAUUUCGAUGAUAUCUAAUAGUACAUCAUCACAAGUACCUUCACAAAAUAAUCAAAAAAAUAAUGAUUCGAAUAAAAGUAGUAAUAAUAAUAGUAAUAGGAAAAGAAGACAUAGUGAUGAAGAUGACAAUCAACAAGGAUCACCCUCUAAAAAAGUUUCAAAUACCAAUGAAAGUGAUGAUAGUAGUGAGAACAAUGACAAUAAUGGAAGGUUGACACCAGAAUAUCUAGGAAAUUGGUAUACACAACCACAAGCUUCCUCAACACCAUACGUUAAUGGUAAACCAGGACAUGAUAUAUCAAAUUACAUGUUGGGUGGUCCAUACUAUCCUCAAGUAAAUAAUUUAUUACAAAAUAUUAAUGGAUAUAACAAUCCAAGUAAUUUUAAUGGAGGAUAUACUUAUGGUGGAUACAAUCAAAACUUAUUUGGUCUUUCACAACAAUCAUUUAAGAAAGAAGAUGUAAGCAAUGAUUCUAACAACACAAAUACAUCUGAUGAAAGUAGUAGUGAUAAAAUAGAUGAUUCUGGUGUUGUAUGUGAUGGUCAAGGAACAUUUGAAGCCUCGUCCUCCAAACCUGACAUUGAUGGUAUAAAGAUUGGAAAUAGUUUAAUUGCAACAUACAAUCCAUUUAAUCCAACAGAAAUAGUCACGUCAAAUCCAUUAAAUAUAACUCCUCAAACGAUAUUUUGUACAGUACCAGGAAGAUUGUCUUUACUUUCAGCAACGACAAAAUAUCAUGUCACAAUUGCGGAACUUCAGAGGAGAAUACUAGCACCAGAGUGUCUUAAUGCAUCAAUACUUGGUGGAAUUUUAAGGAAAGCAAAAAGUAAAGAUGGUGGAAAGAUGCUUCGUCAGUCAUUGAGUCAAGUUAAUCUUGCGCUUCCAGCUGGUAGAAGAAAGGCAGCAAAGAUCACAGCAUUUACGUCACUCGUGGAAGCUGAAGCAGUACAUUUAGCAAAGGAUUAUCAUUAUAUGUGUGAUAAAGAGUUCCCAUCAAAAGAAGUUGGCCAAUUUAUUGUUAAUAAUGAACUUCAAACAAAUACUGGUGUUGAUAAAUUGAAGCAAAUAUUUGAACACACAAGAAUAGUUAUAAAUCUGGUUUGUGAUCUACUUAACAAGGAUAACAGUCCUAUUGAAGGAAUCAAAAAAGAUCAAUUAUUAGCUGAUUGUGUACAAAAUCCAUUAACACGUUUCUCACUACUCACUCAUGGAUUUGGUUCACUAUCUCUUCUAGGUGCUUUUGGUGUUUUAAAAAAUAUCAUCGAUGAAGGUUCAAAACACAUGGAUACAUGUCUUCAACAAUCGCAUUUAAACUUACAGCAAACUUUUGGUCUACCAAUUCACAAUCAACAAUCACAACAGCAGCAACAACAAUUUACGCAUUCAAUACCAAUGGGGCAGAUGGGACAAAUGGGAGGAAUGCAACCAAAUUUCAAUGGAUUUAGAAUGUAA